GCGCGCGGGGCCAGAGGCAGCAGCCGCCGGGCAGUCCACCCUCCUCGGACUAUUGUUGCAGCUGGCGAGAGGAAGAGGGGCGGGAGAUGGAAGAUGGAAGAAAGCGACGGUGGGGGAGAAACAUUUGUUUGGGUUAAUGGUGCAUCAACUCACUCCCAGAGUGUUGCCAAGGCCAAAUAUGACUUUUUAUUUGGUGGAUCAGAAAAUGAAACUACUUCAGAAUCUGGUAGCCAUGGAGGUAGUGCUCUUCUCCCACACAACAUCAAUGAAUUCCCGGAAUAUGGGACUGUAGAAGAAGGGGCUGAAAGGCUGGAAAAAUCAUCUGAGAUUCAUGGGGAAGACAUAACGAGCACUUUGGAUGGGCAGUUGAGUGAUCAGAUGCUCUGUGGACCUUAUGAAAAUGGCAGCCCUGGUGAUGGAAUGGAAACAGUUUCUGAGGCGUUGCAAAACCUCCCCAAAGAGGGAGAAGAGUCCCAGCUUCUUGGCAAACAGAGUGAGGUUACAAACAUUUCUCAAGAUUUAGAAUCAGAAAAGGCCCAGGAUGGAGGCAGUAAUAUUUUUGGUUCAGAGAUACAAACGGAGAGAAGGACUGGCAGAGCAGUUGAAGAGGCAGACAGGGAGAAAGUUCUUGCAGGACAAGAAAAGCCAUCAGAAAUGCCUCUUCCAUCUGAAAUAAUGGCAGAGAAGAAAUUGUACUGGAUCACAGAAGAAGACUCUAUGGUCUUAACUGUGGAAAUUCAGCCUGUGACCUUGCAAACUUCUGGUGGUGGAACUGAGGAAAUCCACAAAAUAUGUGAAAGGAGAAGUUGCAUACCUUUGGCUGGUCCAGAGGACAAAAGCUUGGACAUUGAUGGUGGUGUUGGGGAUGCCUGGGUAGAUUUUGAGCAGGAGUUUGCCGUGGGUGAUGCAGAAAAAACAGAACGGUUCCCUGAGAUGAGGAUAUCAAAAGAGACAGCUGUGAACAAACAUGUGGAAUUUCAAGGGGUGGAAAUUCUUUGGAUACAAAAAGCUGAGGAACAGAAGGAAAAGGGGCAUUCUGAGAUGGGUAGUGUAGAAAGGAGAACUUUCUCCACCUUGUCAAACCAUCACACGUCAUACAUUCCCUCACCAGGAUCAAUUGGCUUGCCUGAUCGCCCUUGGAAUGUAUCCUGGGAAAACCUCAAGCCAUUGACAUCCUUGACAAAAGGUGAAGAAGAUGAAGUCUUUGCAACUGAAGAAAAGAGUUGGGCUCAGGAAGGAAAAUCUGUGCCAGAAAAGGACAGGCUAAUGGAGGAGGAAGAAGUGCUCAGUGGGAGAAUGGAAGAUGUCCUUGGGCAGCUCUCUGAAGUCUCCACAGAUGUGUACAGCUCCCAGUUUGAAAGCAUUCUGGACAAUGCGUCUUUAUAUUACAGCGCCGAGUCACUGGAAACGUUAUAUUCUGAGCCUGACAGCUACUUCAGCUUCGAAAUGCCACUUACUCCAAUGAUCCAGCAGCGUAUCAAAGCAGACACUCAGUUUUUAGAAAGGACUCCUGAAGGGGAGAUGAGGAAGGACUCCUGCAAUGGAGUCGCCAACGGUCUUGGAGAUGUUAAAGGGCCAGACGUCGUCGUGGCUUGUCAUUCAGAAAGCAAUGCAAGACUGGAAUGUACUACACCGUUAGAUGCCACAGGGGACAUGAGGAGCCAUGAUAUUCUGGAAAAAGAGGGACAUGAAAACUUGAGCCAUGACUUCAUCAAUGGCACAACCGGUGGCAACCUGGAAGCUGCACGGAGGCUGGCAAAGCGCCUCUAUCAUCUGGAUAGAUUCAAGCGGUCUGACGUGGCAAAGCAUUUGGGGAAAAACAACGAGUUUAGCAAGCUUGUAGCUGAAGAAUACCUCAAGUUCUUUGAUUUCACAGGCAUGUCUUUGGAUCACUCCCUCAGGACAUUUUUUAAAGCCUUUUCCCUCAUUGGAGAAACUCAGGAAAGAGAGAGGGUUUUAGUUCAUUUCUCCAGCAGAUACCAUCAAUGCAACCCCACUGCUAUUUCCACACAAGAUGGAGUCCAUUGCCUCACAUGUGCAGUGAUGCUGCUUAACACCGACCUUCAUGGCCAUAACAUUGGCAAAAAGAUGUCCUGUCAAGAAUUCAUUGCCAACCUGCAAGGAAUGAAUGAAGGUACAGAUUUCCCAAGAGAACUCCUGAAGGCUCUUUACAAUUCAAUCAAAAAUGAAAAGCUUGAGUGGGCAGUAGAUGACGAAGAGAAGAAAAAAUCCCCUUCUGAUGGGACUGAUGAGAAGGAUAAUGGAAACCAGUCCAAGUCUGUUGGUCGCAUUGGCAAUUCCAAUAAUCCUUUCCUGGACAUUCCUCACGAUCCCAAUGCUGCUGUGUACAAAAGUGGAUUCCUGGCUCGUAAAAUCCAUGCUGACAUGGAUGGAAAGAAGACCCCACGAGGGAAGAGAGGAUGGAAGACCUUUUAUGCUGUCCUUAAAGGAACUGUGCUUUAUUUGCAAAAGGACGAAUACAAACCAGAGAAGGCUUUAGCAGAGGAUGACCUUAAAAAUGCUGUCAGCGUGCACCAUGCGCUAGCAUCGAAGGCAACCGACUAUGAGAAGAAGCCCAAUGUCCUGAAGCUGAAGACAGCUGACUGGAGGGUGCUGCUUUUUCAAGCUCAGAGCCCUGAAGAAAUGGAGUCCUGGAUCAAUAAGAUCAAUUCUGUGGCAGCCGUUUUUUCUGCCCCGCCAUUUCCAGCUGCAAUUGGAUCCCAGAAGAAAUUUAGCCGCCCUCUCUUACCUGCCUCCACCACCAAAUUAUCUCAGGAUGAUCAGCUCAAAUCCCACGAGAGCAAACUGAAGCAGAUCUCUACUGAACUAGCUGAGCAUCGUUCCUACCCACCUGACAAGAAACUGAAGGGCAAGGAGGUGGAAGACUACAAGUUGAAAGAUCAUUAUUUGGAAUUUGAGAAAACUCGUUAUGAAAUCUACGUGUCUCUUCUCAAAGAAGGAGCAGGAAAGGAGUUGCUGAGUACCAGUGAGAAUGAUGGCCCUGGACUGAAGAAAUGCCACUCCAGCCCCUCAUUAAAUCAGGAGUCUCCUGUUAGUGCCAAGGUGAAGCGUAACAUCUCUGAGAGGAAGGACUAUCGACCUGAAACUCCCAGCAUCAAGCAGAAGGUUACUUAAGGAAACUAAGGCAGGCUGGAGGAUCACAUACCACUCUCUCUUCGAUAACCUGUCCUUUGCAAAACAAACAAAAAUUAACACAUCUGCCUGAAUGGGUGUUAGUGACAUUUUUCAGUUGCAAAUUUUGUUGUUUCUGUACAGGUUGUUGAAAAUGUUUUGGCUUCUAAGUUGCAUUUGCCUAGUUAAGUUAUCAUAGAGCAAUUGAUCCAGUCCUCCUUUUUUUUAAAUAAGAA